AUUCUCAUAUAUCUUUCAUUCCAAUACAACUUAGGCUCCUUAUGGCUUUUAAUAAUAUUAAUAACAAUAAGGAAACAGAAACAGGCAUUACUAUGUAAUGAUUAAAUGUCCCUAUUUAAAUAACCCAAAUAGGAACGUUAUUACUCCUAUUCAGGGAACAGAAACAGGCAUUAAUAUACGAGCCAAUACACACAACAAGCCAAAUAAGUACAUCGACAUUGUUGUCUCAAGAUCAGCUGGCUCGCUCUAUCCUACUAUAGCUCAAAACAACGACACAUAUCCUGUCAAUCGAGAGCAGAGGCGGAAUAAUUUAAUGGUAAGCAAUAAACAACACGAUUAUUAUUUGGCACUAACAGAAGGAAAUAUCAAUUUACUACGAGAUAUAACUUAUAUUGAUUUGUUAACAAUUAAAAUGGAUAAUCAUUAAAUGAGCAUAAGCUUUUAUUAAUAA